CCGGCUGCCUCUGCGGCUCGCGACGCUCCUGCUGCCGCCGCCGCCGCCGCCGCUCCGGCCGAGGACCCGCCAUGAGCGCCCCAGGGUUAAGCUUGAAGAAAACAGCUGCUUUCGUCAAAAACCUGAAAGCUGAGCCCCGCUACCUGCUGGCCCAGAAUGUCGCCACCGGCGCAGACCCACUGGAAAUGUGCCUUGAGCGGGCCGUGGUCCAAGACACGCUCCAGGUGUUUCAGCAUGCCGUACCUGCCGAGGGCAAGCCCGUCACCAAUCAGAAGAACUCAGGGCGCUGCUGGAUCUUCUCCUGCCUGAAUGUGAUGCGCCUUCCAUUCAUGAAGAAGUUCAACAUCGAGGAGUUUGAGUUCAGCCAGUCCUACCUCUUCUUCUGGGACAAGGUCGAGCGCUGCUACUACUUCUUGCAUGCCUUUGUGGAAACCGCCCAGAAGAAGGAGCCAGUGGAAGGUCGGCUGGUGCAGUUCCUGCUUUCCAACUCCUGCAACGAUGGCGGCCAGUGGGACAUGCUCGUCAACCUUAUUGAAAAAUACGGCGUUGUGCCCAAGAAGCUGUUUCCUGAAUCGCACACCUCCGAGGCCUCCCGACGGAUGAAUGACCUUCUGAGCCACAAGAUGCGAGAGUACUGUCUCCGGCUGAGGAACAUGGUGGAGACCGGGUGCAACCGAGACGAGCUCUGCGAGGCCGUGGACAGCAUGAUAGAAGAGUUGUUCCGCAUCAUCACCAUCUGCCUUGGGACCCCCCCGGACACCUUCUGCUGGGAGUUCUACGACAAGGAGAAGAACUACCACAAGAUCGAGCCGAUUUCGCCCCUGCAGUUUUACAAGGAACACGUCAAGCCCCUCUUCGACAUGGAAAGCAAGGUCUGCCUGGUGAACGACCCCCGGCCCCAGAACCAGUACAACCGGCUGUACACCGUGGAGUACCUGAGCAACAUGAUCGGCGGGCGGAAGACGCUGUACAACAACCAGCCCAUCGAGCUGCUAAAGAAGCUGGUUGCCUCUUCGAUUCGGGACGGAGAGGCCGUGUGGUUCGGCUGUGAUGUCGGGAAGCACUUCAACGGCAAGCUGGGCAUCAAUGACCUGAAUAUAUUUAAUUACAAGCUGGCGUUCGGGGUGUCCGUCAAGCAUUUGAGCAAGGACGAGCGUCUCAUCUUCGGAGAUUCAUUGAUGACCCAUGCCAUGGUGAUUACCGCCUUCAGCGAGAAGGACAAGCAAGAGGGCGGCUUCGAAAAGUGGCGAGUGGAGAACUCGUGGGGGGAAGACCGCGGAAAUAAAGGUUACCUCAUCAUGACGGACGACUGGUUUUCCGAGUACGUGUACGAGGUGGUGGUGGACAAGAAGCACGUUCCAGAGGACGUCCUGGCAGUGAUGGAGCAGGAUCCGGUCGUCCUGCCCGCGUGGGACCCCAUGGGGGCGCUGGCCAAGUGAACCGACGGGGCACGCGUGAGGGCUUGCCCUGCUCCCUUCGGUCACCCUUGAAGCAAGCGUUGGGGCAGGAGGGACCCGAGAGGCCCGAGGCCGAAGCCACGCAGUCCCACAGCCAAGUUCCCAGCUUGAGGUGCCGGGAUUCACGAGCGUGGGCUUUUGCGGAUCUUCGGGGGAAACGGCACUCCUCCGUGGAUGGGGCUACUCUGCAACUUUGCAUUGGUGUGUGCUUUCCGUUGUUGUCUGAGCUUUUUCGCUUUCCUUUUUUAAACCCUUUUAAAGUCUUUCUUUUGAUAUGCUCAUUGAAAACUCUUUCAGCACAAUUCUUUUGCGCAAACUCUGUGUAGGGGCAGGGAAGAGCGGGGCACGGGGAGAUGAACAGCAAGAUCUUCCAUUGUUUCUGUACCAUGGACUGAAAUGCGCGCCCUCGCCAACGCCAGUCACGUUUUUCGGCGGCUAGGUUCUUCCCUUCGAGGCGCCAGACGAUCUUUGGUAUGACGCUUCCGUUUCUUUUCCAUGAGCUUCCGCCUGCCUGUCUCUUGCAGCGAGGAAUAGUCUGGUUUGGCAGCCUUUUGCCCUGAAACGCUGUUCGCCAGAAUCCAGAGUCUGUGGGAUCUCCCCCCGCUCCACGCUCCCCAGAAUGAGGCCUAGCUAAAGACCAGUUCCACGAGUUUGCACUCUUAAGUCUCAGAAUGUCCGCUUCUUGAGCAAAAUGGGUUUUAAAAAAACAAAACACAGCACUGCGUUUUAUUUGAAUGCUGUCAACAAACUUCCAUGGUGCUAUGAGGCAUUUGAAUAAAAGACACCGGCUUGAA